GACAAAUGAUAAAUAAACACAGCUGUGAAUCGUAACCUAGAACAAAGAAAGAAUUCAAAGUUCAGGAAUGACUAAAGUAAAUCUCGAAAAAUGUAUUACUCACUCAUAGGAGAUUACGGAAACAAAAUUUGAUAAAUGCAAUCUUGUUCUUGUUUCUUAUUCUUUUCCUCUAAUGGAAUGUUUAUAUUACACAACAGUAUAAAGUGACAACUCAACUGCGAUAUCAGCAACGCCUACACGCGCUCUCGCAUAUGUAAAGUCGAUUAUAACAUCGAUAUUGUGGGACUAAUUAUAACACGUUUCUUUCAACGUGUUAAUUAUUGCGUAGAUCUCGAAUGAUUUUAUUAUUAUUUAGAUAAAUACGAUUGAUUAUACAUUACAAUAGCAGAACGGAAAUUUUAAUUUGGUCAAUAAGUGUCUUCUAUCUAUAGAAUGCCAUGAGUGAUCUCAAGGUAGAUCUGUCUGUGCCUUUUCCAAGUGCUCGAGAAGCAGAAGUAGCGUAUCAAGUGCUUCGAGUUGACGAAGAACCACCAAGAAGCGGAGUCACAAAGAAACUUGUAUUAAAAAAUAACAUCCUGGAAGUAUCAUUCAGUGGGAAAGAAGCACGCAAAGUACGCGUGGGACUUGGGGCCUUCUUCGAUAGUCUACUACUAGUCACAGAAACCAUUCAACAAUUUGGUCCACCUGAAUCGACGUACAGUCAUUACUGCGAGACUAAUAUACAUCUGUAAUAUUUUUUUAAUUAAUUAUAUUUUUUUAAUGUUACGC